CAUGGUGACAGUUAAAAUGUGAAGGAUACCCGUUUUCUUUUGCCAGAGAAGAAAUAGUCUCCUGACCUGAGCAGAGGCCAUCAUAUCUGCAGGUCGUGUUCAGCCUGUCAUGGGCCAGGUUUUAUUGUGAGAAGCAAAAUGAAACAGGGUGGAGUGCACUGCUUCACUUAGGCAUUCCAAGAAGAUAAAAGUCAGGACAAACCUGCCUCCUUCAUACAUUCCACAAUGAUCAGUCCCCUCAGACAGCAGCCUGCGACAUAUUCUCAUCUAUUGUUUCCAGUCAGCACUCUACAUGAGUAGUGGUCGACCAGCAGAGAAAAACUUUUAAACGGAGACGAGAGACACUCAGCGGGAUCCAUCAUGUCAGUCAAGCUCCCAAAUAGGCUGAGCAGCAAAAAGAAAAAGACUCUAAAGAACAAUGCCCAGACAGAAACUCUUCAUAAGCUGGGCCUUGGUCCCUUCUGGACUACACCACUGGAUCCAGCAUCUAUGUUGGACAUUAGCACUUGGACUUUUGAGAAUCAAGCUCCACUAGAGCUUAAAGAUCUACCAAGUGCUUUCCUUCGACGCCUUUGGCUGCUUCACCCUGAUGCACGGAGCCCUAACUGCAAAAGACAGCAUGAUGUUCCGAACAGUGCCGGUAACUCACCCGAGGAGAUAAUCAAUGACUUUGGGGAAAGCCAGAGUGACAUCAACCCCCUUGAUCUUGUCACAGCUGUCUUUAUGUCUGCCAACACCUUCCUUCAGCAGGAGAUGACUGUGCGCAUGGUGCAAUGCCAGUUUGCUGUGCCCCUGAUCCUUCCAAACAUAGAUCCAGAAGAACCAAGUCGCUUCCUUCUUUGGCCUUCGAGAGGUGUUGUGAGCCGAUGGAGGUCUCAUGGGAAGGUCCACGAGGGGGAUUUGGCCAGCACAUUCAUGCCAGUGAUUUCUUGUGUGAAGCUUGGCCAAUGUGGUGUCUCCAAGUCAAAUGUGCUGAACAAUGUCAUAAAUGGACUGGGAUCACCCAGUGAAACAUUUCUCCACAGAGGGAUGGAUGGAGGACAGCUGCCCCGAAGACUCUCCAAUGGCCUUGUAGAGAUAGGAUGGUAUUUACCCACUGGAAACACUGCCAGAGAUACUUUCCCUGUCCCUGUGGUCAUCUCUAACCUGCGUGGUGAUGCCAGUGCACAUGAAAAAUGCCUUAGUUUUUUAUGUCAAACGUCUUCGGCUGUGGUUGUUUUCUGUGGGAAUCUUAGAGAGAAAGAAAGACAGCUUCUUGCUUCUUGCAAAAAUUUGGCAAGCAAGCUCAUAGUGAUUGACCUAUCGGACACUGGAGAAAAUGAAAACAGAGUUGUGGGGUUUACUGAUCAGAACCUUGGUCAAGUUAUGGGGCUUCCCAGAGGAUCAGUCCUGCAAGGGAGAGCUUUGAGUGAGGAGGAACUGGCUGACAGGUUGUCUGAGACGCUGAGUGAUCUCUUACCAGAUACACUGAAGCUUGUUUCACUUGAGGCAGCAGCAACAUUAGCAGAGGUGCUAGGCCUUAGUGUGGAUGAAGGGGUGGUCUUUAAAAAGGCAAUGGCCACAGUGGAGGAAGUAUUGAAAGGGUUAGAUGAGGGAUCUGCUCAAUUUAGAGAGAAACAGCUUCCUUUGCAGGGGCAAUUGUGGGGCAAACUGGCCCAAGUAGAAAAGGAGGAGAGAAAACAGAGAAAGGAAGGGAACGAAAUCAACUCCCAACUGCAAAAGGAAAAGAAAGACAUCUUGGUCGAGUUGAGCAGCUAUAAAAUGACACCUUCGAUGAAGAAUUUCACUGAUGCGCUUUUCACAACAGAUAAAGUGGAGAGGACUUGUUUCCUAAGUUGGAUGAAACUGAAGCUUCAGCUGAUGCAAAUUGGAAAACAAAAUAGGCACCAAGGACUGUUCACAAACCUGCAGAUAGAAGAGCAAGAUGGCAUCCCAGAACAUUCUGAUGAGCUCACAAAUGGAAUCCAUGAUGAUCUAGAGGACAGUGAUGACAGUUUCUGCACAGAUUCAUCAUUUGAAGAGGAACAAAAUGAAGUAAUCACAGACCCACAAGUUUCUAAUUUACAAGCUGAGACUGACCAAGAGUUUGGGCACAUCUUGCAAAUGUCUACAGAAAAUACUACAGAACAACAGCCCCAAGAGAAAGACCAUCUUGAGUCCACAGAUGAUAUGGUCCCAGAGCAGCAGUUAGAAAUGGUGUCACAUAAAAAAGAAAUUCAAGAGGAAGAGGUGAUUGACAAGGGGUUAGAACAAAUUACAGAUCCAGUGUUUGAGGACCAAAAUAAUUAUUUGCAGUCGGGAGAAAAUGGAAGCUUAAGCUCCCAAGAGAAACAGCAAAAUGAACCACAGCUGACACUAGCUGACUCAGAUUCAGCGUCAUCCCAACAACAAAUGUGCCAAGAUGCUGGCAUUGAAGAUCAGGUAACCUCAUGGUCGCAACCUUUUGAACCUGAUCCAGACUGGCUGGGCCUUGAGCACUUUUUGCGUGAGAUGGGCCUAAUUUUUGAGCUAACACACAUCAGCCCCGGCAGUGGGAGCCAGAACAUGUUACGUCUACCUAGCUUGGCGACGGACCUUCUAUUCUACGGGAUUCCACUUGAACUAAUGGAUGGAGAUGCCUCAAACAUCCCCAUGCAGUGGCUGGGCUGUGUCUUUGCAGAGCUCAGACGCCGUCUGCCUCAAGAACAGUGCAGGACCCGAGUGCUGACAAACCUUGGUGUACAUCAUGCUAGAAAUGCUGAGGUUUUUUCUGCAUUACUUGGGGUGAAAUUCCCUGAAGGAAGGCAAAGAUCAACUCGAGGUGUGUAUAUGGUCGCCCUGUGUCCCCCCAUUGACCUGAGAAAGGAGAUUGAAUGUGAUUUGCUGCUGCUAAUCGAUGUAGAAGGUCUCCACUCAGACAACCAAAGAAAUACACUGAUCGAAGACAAUGAGAUGGCCACUGUUGCAACAGGACUGAGUGAUGUUUUAAUGCAGAACAUCUCCUCUCAUGCAGAUACCAAGUUUGAAGCUGAUUUUGGUGUUAUAGCCAAUGCUCUCCUACGCAUCAAAGAAUGUGGCUCCAUGCCCGUUUGCCAACUCCUGGCCCUAGAUGAUGGCAUAAACAGUGUGUUACAAGCCUCGCAGUUAAGGCGUGUAUCUGAUAUGCUUCAGACUGAGACUGGGGACAGAGAAAUGAACAAUGCUAUUAACCAUUUUACAAAGACCACCACAUGUAUGACCUCUGUCAAAUGGCCAUGGUACAAUAUGUCCCUCUCUGAACCAAUUGAUCCACUGUAUAGUGAGGCUGUGUUAAAGCUGAAGCGAAACCUCUUUGGGGCAUUGAAGAAGUGUGCAGCCAAGUCGGCAGCCACAGGUCUGCCUGAAAUCAUGAAUCGUAUGUGUGCUGUUUGGGACGCAGUGAGAGCAGAAUCAUUCUCUGUUGGUCUGCAAAAUACUGACAUUGCUUUAGCUUUCUCUUUAUUGUGCACAGAGCUUUCCCAAUGGGAGGAUAGUUUCCUAGAACACAUGGACAGGUGGCAUACGGGGGCAUCAAAGAAAAUCAUUGCUACAAAGGCAAAGGCUCUAGACGCUAUGAUCCAAAAUGGUCUUAUGAGUGAGCUGAAAGAUGAAGCCAGGGAGGAAGUCAAAACAGAGGUGAACAAAAUCAGGUCAAAAGUAGAAUCCUAUCUGAUGAAAGAUGGCAUUCCCAACAUGAACACAUUCAAGCCAGUCCUAAUGAGUAACAUGGAUGACCUCCAAGAGCGAGUAACUGAAGUGAUGAUACAACAGUUGGAUGUGGUCAUUGAGAGCCAUUGCUCUUCCACACAGCUGAGCAACUUUGAGACCUCACUGGAAAAAGAACAGGAAUCCAAAAUGCAAGCACUGGUAGAGAAAAGCAAGUCAACUAAAGUUCUUCUCCGAGAUGAAGAGCUGGAAGAGGAGUUUGAGGGUGUGUGGAGUGAGAUCUUGUCCAACUUUGACUUCAGGCCUUCAGAACCAGACGAUAUCACUGCACGAGUGACUCAUAUCCUGAAAGAGAAUCUAGUCAGCCGUGGGCUUCAGAAACACCUGAAAAAACUUGAAGACAUUGGCCAAAACCAGACAUCUAACUUCUACGUUUAUGAUGAGCACUUUGGAUACCGCAGCAGAUUAAAGCACAUGUUUGAAGACAACAACAGAAUACAGAGGAUGGCUGCUCAAAAGUUGGCAAGCAAUCUCAUAGAGGAGUACAAUCAGUUUGCAGCAGAUAAAUCUAGCUCACCAGCAGAUUUUUCUGACAGCUACAUUAAGGAACUGUUAGAAAAUGUUGAGAACGGUUUGAAGGACAAAACUCUGGAAAUCAGAUCAGCUUUUGAAGUUGACCUGAAGGUUUAUCUCUGUAGCGCUGCAUGCCAAGACUUCCAAAAACUACAUGACCGCUAUGCCAAGGACACAGAGUUUUUGACAUGUAUCUCGGCAGCCAAGAGCAAGUACUUGGCACAGUUUAUCUAUCAGUUCAGGAAGAGAGACCAGUGUCAGAGGGUGGCUCAAGCAUUCACCUCCAUGGUUCUCAAACCUACAGCGUUGGACUACAUCUAUAAACCAGUGGGGAUGCGCAUUGUAGAGGAGAUCCAAGGUCAACUCCCGCAGUAUCAGUCCCAAAGGGCUUUCCACCAGAACUUGUUGGAGGAGCUGAUAAAGGAAGACUGCUUUGAAAGCUUCCUGGAAUAUUUUCAGUCUUAUGAUGACUACAGACGGAAGAAGAUCCAAGAGACAGUGGUGGCUUACUUCUGCAAAUCAACCAACUUGGAAAAAUGGAGGCAACAAAGACUUGGAGAAAUUGUGGGAAAGAUUGCGGCAGCAGUAAGCGCAACAGCAGAAGGUACCAAUGGGGUGUUGAGUGAUACAAAGCCACUGCUGGAAAGAGCGUGUCUCAUUUUAGAGGAAGAUGGAGACGUGGAUGUCCCCCGGGCCUCUCUGGAUGGACCACUCUUCAGUAUCACCACAGAGUGGGAUCGCUUUGUCACAUGUCUAAUGGAGUUGCUGGCUGCAAUGCGGUUGGAUCUGGCCCAGGAGUUCACCCAGAAAGUGGAUAUCAUCCAAUUUCUUCAAUGCCUGCCAGUUCAGCCUCACAACUCCCUCUUUAACAGAGUGAGGGGCUGUGACAAAAAAUGUCCUGUCUGCAGAGCCCCCUGUGAGCUGGAGAAUAAGGGGCAUGAGGUUCACAGGGCUCUGCUCCACAGGCCUAAAGGCAUGUUACCUCGUAGGUCCUGUUCUCUUUCCACAGUCAGUUGCCCUGAAAGUGUGACUGAGAGCAACCCAGGCCAGAGUAAUGACACAGAAGACAUGACUGUGGCAUGCAUCAGCCUCCUCUCCCGGUAUCCAGACUGGAGCAUCUACCCUGAGGACCCAAACAACCACAUCCCCAGAGCUUACUGGAGAUAUGUGUUGACGAGGUUCAAUGAGAGGUUUGCAGAGGAAUACAAGCAGGAGGCAGCAAAGAUUCCUGACGACUGGAGGAAGAUCACAGAGGAGGAGGCCUUGAACAGUCUGAAGGUGGCCUUUUCUGUAGAGUGCUGAUUUAUGGACUGGUCAGUGCUCAGUGCUGUCUUUAACAUAGCAGAUGUGAGGUUUUAUUAAUCAGGUUUAGAUUUUAUCUGGCAAUUAAUCAAGGAUUAUCAAACUGACUGAAAAAAUAGUUUAAAAUUAGGG